AACGCAACUGUAUUCAGAGAUACGUGCCUUUGUGUUCUAGUACGACACAACCCUAAUGGCCUCGUAGCAACUGUGAAAUUCCAUGUUUGUAUGAGAACAGGGCAGCCCCGUUCGUACACACAGCUCGUCUCCAGAUGCGUCUGGUCCUGGCGGGUAUAGUGGCGGAGAUGCUGAGCGGCACAGCCAGCAGGGCCAGGCCGAGGCUCGGCAGCCUCUUGCUGGCCCCCGCCACCAAAACAGUACCGCCGCUGGCAGGCACAGGGAGCCGGAGAUUUCGGUCAACGUCCUCGAUGCAGGGAUAUUCAGAGAUGGCGAGAGAGCGGUCGAAGACUGUCACCUCGUUUUACAACCAGUCUGCGAUAGAUGUUUCUGCAGAAAAGGCCUCUGUUCGACUGACGUUAGCAACCCUGCUGUAUUCUGGGAAAUCUGCUGAUGGCCACCACAUCUUGAGCAGUGCCAAGUACCUCCACAAGGAGCUGCCUGUACGGAUCGCCCAUCGCAUCAAGGGUUUCCGUAGCUUGCCCUUCAUUAUCGGCUGCAACCCCACCAUUCUGCAAGUGCAUGAACUGUAUAUCAGAGCCUACCACAUGCUCAGCGACUUUCCAGAGAUCAAAGAUCAAGACGUGGAGGCUCGUUUCUGCAAACUCGUGCGGCAGCUGCUGGAUGACCAUAAGGAUGUGGUCACCAUGCUGGCUCAGGGCUUCAGGGAGUGUCGCAGACACAUCCAGGAUGAGACAGUCAUCCGCAACUUCCUGGAUACAACGCUCUGCUCUCGUUUGGGAAUCCGAAUGCUGGCAACGCACCAUCUUGCUCUUCAUGAAGAUAACCCUGAUUUUGUUGGGAUCAUAUGCAGACGUCUCUCACCCAAAAAGAUCAUAGAGAAGUGGGUGGAUUUUGCCAGACGUCUCUGUGAACACCAGUAUGGCAACUCGCCCAGGGUGAGGAUCAACGGACACGUAGCAGCUCGCUUCCCCUUCAUCCCUCUGCCUCUGGAUUACAUCCUGCCAGAGCUCCUGAAGAAUGCCAUGAGGGCCACCAUGGAAAGCCAUCUGGACACCCCAUACAAUCUACCUGAUGUGGUUGUCACCAUCGCUAAUAACGACAUCGAUUUUAUCAUCAGGAUCUCAGAUCGUGGUGGCGGCAUCCCUCACAGUAUCAUAGAUAAGGUGAUGGACUACCACUUCAGCACAGCUGAGGAGAGCGCGCAGGAUCCCCGCAUGAGCAACCUCUUCAACAGCAUUACCAACAGUGGGAAUCAGUCUAACCCUAUGCAUGGGUUUGGCUUUGGCCUGCCCACGUCUAGGGCCUACGCAGAGUACCUUGGUGGCUCACUGUCCAUCCAGUCUAUGCAGGGCAUCGGCACCGAUGUUUAUCUGCGUCUGCGCCACAUUGAUGGCAAAGGAGAGAGCUUCAGGGUGUAAAGUUUCCUGUUGGUAAUCCUUGUAGACUCAGCCAGAGAGUCGGGCUGUGCAGAGGGUUUCCCACAAUGAAGGCCAGUGAGGACGAGGUCUCACAAAGUAAAGAAAACCAAGAGUUUUUUGUUUUUUUUGUUUUGUUUUUUUCCCAGAAGGCUCCUAAAUUCACCCACUCCUUGUUCUUUUGGCUUUGUUUUUGCCUUAGACUGAUUAUAA